AUGAACCGCCUCAGCAUUGCCUUGGUUGUCGUCGCCGUCAUGGCCGUCGAGGGCUUCUUGUUCCCACCACCAGCCCCAUCAGCUUGCUGGUAAGUUUUAGAUGGAAGCGAAGGUUACUGUAGGAACUAGACAUUAUCUUGGAAUUGAGAUUGUAUUCAAAGAGAAGGGCUUUUGGUUGGACGUUCAAAUUUCGACCAUGCUUAUCACAGAUUUAGGCUCAAUAUUUCUAUGAAAGCUGCGAGGUAAUAGGAGGUUCUGAGAUUUGAUAUAUCGUUGCAUUUAUUAAAUUAGCAACAUAAGUGGCGAUUGCACUUUUCGGAGAGUUUGUUUUGCUUUGCCGUUUAGAGAGAUGCGACAACGUCGUCGUACACUGCCAGGCAUGCCAAGAUGACUUUUUUGCAUUUCUCUUUUGUAGGUUUCGUCGCGAUCUUAGCUUGUUGUCUUAAAAAACGCGAGUUCAAAUCUCAGGAAGUCACUAUUCUAGCGAGUUUCUCUCCAUCAAACAAAAAAUUUUAUUUGAAUCUCUUUGAUCAAAAAUUAUGCCAACAUUUUUCCAGUGUGCCUCCACCACCCCCAUGCCCACCUCCACCUCCACCACCAUGCUGCGGCGGUGGCGGCGGUGGCUACGCUCCACCUCAGCCCGUCUACCAACAAUCCUACGCUCCGCCUCCACCACCACCACAGUCCUACGCUCCUCCACCACAGUCGUAUGCCGCUCCGCCACAGUACGCCGCUCCGUCGUACGGCGGCGGCGGCGGUGGUGCAUCGUACGCCGCGCCAUCCGCAGGAUAUGCCACCGGACCCGUGGGCAAAAAAUAA